AUGUCACGUUCAAUUCCCUAUCGUUUAGAAUGUUCUGAAAAAUGUUUGCAAUCCCAAGAGGAUGCCUUAAACAGUACAAUCUACAUACUUCGACAAACCGGACCAACUGCAUUUGUUAUCAAAGAUGAAGCGGAUUCUCAACGAACGUACAAAGUAUUUCUCGGUGAUCCACAUCAAUGCUCAUGUCCAUUAUUUCAGAAGGAACGUGAAUUAUGUAAACAUUUGUGUUGGAUAUUGCUCAAACGUUUUCGAAUACCACGAACAAAUUCAAUGUUAUGGCAAAAAUCUUUAGUUGAACGUGAAAUUAAUGAAAUUCUACGUGGACUAGCAGAUGAACAACAACAAAGAAGAAAAUUCGUCACAGAUAUUGAACUUAAAGAAGAUCAAUUGAAAGACAGUGAAGUUGAACAACGAUCAAUCAAUAAAGAUGAUGUAUGUCCAAUAUGUCAAGAAGAAUUUCUCAUAAAAAAGCUACCACUUACCUACUGCAGGCGUGGUUGCGGAAAUAAUGUUCAUAUUAAGUGUAUGAAAGUGUGGCUUGAUCAUCAAUUGACAACUGGUGAAAACGUUAUAAAAUGUCCUCUGUGCCGUAAAAUGUUUGGAGAUACUGAAUUAUUAAAACAAGAAUUUCGUACAAGUGGUGCUGAACAAGCCGAGAAAAGCUCAAUACAUUUGGGUUAUUCGUGUCAUCGUUGUCGAGCUUGUCCAAUUGCGGGAAAAUGUUAUAAAUGUAAUAUAUGUCAAGACUAUUUUCUUUGUCAAACAUGUUUUAAUUUAAAUAUUCAUAAUGAACAUAGUUUUGAUUAUCGAGAAAAAUCAUUUCAACGAUGGAAAAAUGCUUCUCGAGAUCAUUUGACAGCGGUACCAAAUGCUGUUCGUCAAUUGUUAGUUAAUCGUAACAUCACCGAUAAUGAUUAUGAUUUAUUACGGCAGUUGGAAAAUGCACACAAUGAAACUGCGAUAGGUAUACCAGAAAGAGUUGUUAAAUCUUUUCCAUAUGAACGUGUACAUGAUACGAGUCGACUGCUACAACGUGGUGAACAAUGUCGAUUAUGUUUGAGAUCAUAUCGAGUGGGUGAACGUGUACGAAGAUUACCAUCAUGUAGACACAAAUUUCAUAUCGAAUGUAUCGAUGGAUGGUUAUUACAUAGUCAUCCAACGUGUCCAAUUGAUGGACAACUUGUAUGGAGUGUGGAAAUGGAAAUGGAGAGAAGAGGAGGAAAAAGUGAUCAAACAAAAGCGAAUUAUAAUAGUACUCAAUUAUUAUCUGCUGAUCUUGGUCUAUCCGUCACUCCUUAUCAAACGCGUUCUAUGCCACAUAAUAACAUUACGGAUACUGAUCCUUUAUUGCUAUUUCCAUCACCUGAUCGACGAGUACAUCCUCUUCAUUUGCGUACACCACUUCGUUCAUUAAUUCAAACCACCACUAGUGAUUCACAGCCAUCGCUUCAAAUUAACGUUCAAAAUUUAUUAUCGAAGAACACCACCACUCUAUUCAAACGUGAAAAUAAUUUAGACUAUUUUCUUAGUAUUAGUGAAAAUCGUUUUGCUCCAAGAAGAUCUUCAUUUGUCUCACCAGUGUGUACACCACCGAGAUCAAGACGAAACAGUUUAACUAACGAUAAUGACAAUAAUCAACAAUCAAAAAACUUACUAUUCUCACUCGCUAAACGAGAUAGUCAUUCGGCACAACAUACAAAUACAAUCAAUAUUGAAUUCAAUCUUCCACCAAGAGCUCCACCACCACAACGUCGAAUAUUUAAUCGAACACAUUCAUGUAAAGUGCGUCAACGUGUUCAGAGGAGAUUGAAUAAUACAUAA